GUAGAAACAGACGUGCUUUGCGACAUGUUUACAUACUUGACGGCAGUGAGACGCCUAAAAAGUAUAUUUGUACAAUAACUUUCCUUCCUCUGUAACAUUUAUCAAGAAAUGAAGAAUGUUGAUGCUGCUCUUUUCCAUAUGAUUAAAAUGGAUGGUGCCUGAAACAAAACUCUCCUUUUAGUGAUCCACAGAAGAAAUAAAGUCACACAGGUUUGGAACAACACAAGGGGUAACGAUCGAUAAAUGUUGAUUUCCCAGUUCAUCUUGAGGACGGCAGCACCACACUUUCGAUGUGGAAGAUGGACACGUGUACACACACCUGUCACCUGUCGUACAAACUCAGAUAUGGCAAAAUUUCGUGAGAUCUUCUCAAAGGCCAAACACAUUGCCAUCAUCACAGGAGCUGGAGUGAGUGCAGAGAGUGGCAUCCCGACCUUCAGAGGAGCUGGAGGACACUGGAGAGCAUGGAAGACACAGGACUUGGCGACGCCUGAAUCUUUUUCUCGUAACCCGAGCAGAGUGUGGGAGUUCUUCCACUACCGCAGAGAGCUGGCUCUGAACGCACAGCCCAGUGCUGCCCACCACGCCAUUGCUGAGUGUGAGGCUCGUCUCAGCAAACAGGGCCGAUCCGUGGUGGUGAUCACACAGAACAUCGAUGAGCUGCACCACCGGGCCGGAUCCAAACAUGUGCUGGAGCUCCACGGAAAUCUCUUUAAAACCAGAUGUGUGAGUUGUGGAGAUGUGGAGAAUAAUCACAAGAGCCCCAUCUGUCCAGCACUGGAGGGCAAAGGAUCACCUGAUCCUGCUGUCAGUGAUGCUCCUAUAUCAGUCACAGACCUGCCCAGGUGUGAUGAGAAGGGCUGUGACGGUCUGCUCAGACCACAUGUCAUCUGGUUUGGAGAGACUCUAGACUGUCACAUCCUCACUAAAGUGGAAAAAGAGCUGGACACAUGUGAUCUCUGUCUGGUGGUUGGCACUUCCUCUGUUGUGUACCCUGCAGCCAUGUUUGGCCCACAGGUGGCAUCCCGUGGCAUUCCAGUGGCUGAAUUCAACACUCAGACAACACCUAAUACAACACGCUUCAUGUUUCACUUCCAGGGCCCGUGUGUGAAGACCCUCCCCAUCGCUCUGGCACGUCACGAGUCUGAGAUCAUCUAAUGCUCACGACUGAGGUCAUCCAUCAAUAUCUGAGAAAAACUCACUGGAUCAUUAUUAGCAAUAACAUUCAGUCAACUGGAACUCAAAAUAUUGUUGAGUUUUAAAGGAAUUUAGGAUAUGCGUUAAAGGGUUAAUUUACCCCAAAAUGACAAUUCUGUCAUCAUUUACUCACCCUCAUGUUGUUGACUUUUCUCUGUUAAUCUCAAAAGGAGAUGUUUGGCGGAAGGUUAGGGACUGAUAGCCUCAGUGACCAUUCACUUUCAUUGGAUGGAAAAAUGAUGCAACGAAAGUGAAUGGUGAGACUUCUGCCAAAGCAUCUGCUUUUGUGUUCCACAGAAGAAAGAAUCUAAAUGUUGACAGUUGGCAGGGAAAUAUUAUAAACGUUUUUUACAUGAACUUGAAAUGAUGAUUUGAACAGUGGACCAAAGUAACAGGAUAAAGCAGAAUGUUUUCCUCAAUUUUUGUCACUCAAGGAUAUAUGUUUGAUAUUUUGAGCAGUUUUCCAUUAACCAUAUUGUGCCUUAUUUUUCAAUGAGUUAAUGGGACAGAAAUAAUACACUGCCAAAAGUCAUUAUCUUGAGUCAAAGUAUUUACACAGGAUGUAGCUCAAAAUAGAAUGUUCCAGAUGAGACGAAACGAGAUAAGCUCUGAUGUUAUGGGAGCAUUUAUUCAGUCUAAGUGCUUGAUAACAUUAUGAUCGAUUGAGUGUUUGAUAUCUUGUGUGGUAAAACAAUACAGCAUUCCAAAUUACACAUAAAACCACAUUCUGUCAUCUAUGUAUGAUGUGUGUGUUCAUGUUGUUUUAUAGCAUAUAUAAUGAACUUUCUGGAUACAUUUUAAUAAUACACUGCAAAGAUUAAAAACGGAAAAUGCACAAAAAUAUGCAGUGUGUUAAAGAAUCAUCCACUAGAGGGAAACCACACACUUUUCACAUUUUUCAGUAUGUACUUUCAUAUAAUUCCAUUACUUGCAUUCUUUUUUUUUUUAUCAUUAAAACACUCAUGAAAAGCUUUACGAUCCUAAUUAAAGGCAUUUUCUGCA